GAUCACAGAAAAUAUGAAAACAAAGCAAUACAGUACAAAGACAUGGAAUGAACACACUUUGCAUCCCAAGACCUUGACAGCUAAAACCGUGGAUUGGAUCUUUCUGGUUGAUUUACUGAAUUUUUCCUUUUGGAGUGAUCUGGACGUGUCUGAUAAAAAAACACCUCAUCCAGAUCGUUAUGCCAUUCACUAUCAAGGACAAUCUUACACAGGCUACUGGUCUCUGUGUGCUGCCAUUCAUCGGGCGCUCGAUCAAGGUAUUCCUAUCACAGAUCCUGCAUUUUAUGCCAAAGCUUCAGAUCAGCAAAUGAUAGACAUCUUCAAAAGUGAUACCAAAGAAUCAGCACCGAUGAUGGAAGAAAGAAUCAGAGUCAUGAGAGAAGCCGGCAACGUGUUGUGUGAGAAAUUCAACGGUUCUUUUGUCCAUUGCAUUGCUCAAGCGCAACAAUCAGCUGCCAAAUUAUUAGAUAUCAUUGUGGAAAACUUUUCUUCUUUUCGUGACAUUCACGAGUUCCAUGGCAAGAAAGUCUACCUCUUGAAGCGAGCUCAGAUUUUGAUUGCUGAUGUGUGGGCAUGUUUUGAUGGACAAACCUAUGGAGAGUUUCACGAUAUUGAUUGCAUCACCAUGUUUGCAGAUUAUAGAGUACCUCAAGCGCUCUAUCAACUGGGCUUAUUGGAAUAUUCAGAUGAACUCUUGAAAAAGCUGCACAAUAGAGACUACUUUCCUUCCGGCUGCGAACAAGAAGUAGAAAUACGCGGCAACUCCAUUUGGGCUGUCGAGUUGGUUCGAAGGAAAAUGCUCGACAUGGAUCCUUCACUCCACGUCAAUGCUAUCUUGAUUGAUUUCUACGUGUGGGAUAUGGCCAAAGAUAUUCAAGAUCAAAUGACCGUGCCUACGCAUCGUACGAGAAGUUGUUUCUAUUAAUGUCAUUAAACAGUCCUUUUUCCUGGUUUUUUUUUUUUUUUU